AUGCUGAAAGUGCUUGCUAAAAAUGUAAGAAAGAAAAAUCAUAGAUACAUCAGUUAUUAUUCUCUAAGAAAUCAUAGCCGAUUAAAAGAUAUAGAUGAUGAGACCUAUAAUAUAUUAAAGAGUUAUAAAAAUAAGAAUGAUAUAAACUUAUCUGUUGUACAUAAUAUAAUGCCUAGAUAUAUGAAGGAAUAUUUAAGUAUAGAUUUAAAUCCAAAUAUAUUUGUGAAUAAUAAGAAUAUAGAAAUGCUAGAAUAUAUAGCCUUAAAUUCAUUCAAUUUGGAAAAGAAAUAUUGGGGUUGCCUUGUUAGUACCACUUCACUUAAUAAUAAUAAUAAUAACAAAUCUAUUGAUGAUUAUUUUUUCAAUAAAUUGUAUGGACAUUUUUUAAAGAAGGAAUGUAAAAUAUUACGCAUAAAUUUUUGCUUAGAACAAAAUAUAGAAAAUAAUAUAAGUAGUGAUAUAAUGCAAAAUAUAUAUAAUGUUAUUAAUAUACAAAAUAUAAAUGAACCAAAUUAUAAUGAAAUGCAAAAAAUUUCUAAUGAUUUUAAUCCAGACAUUAUAUAUAUUGACGAAUCUAAUAAUCCUUAUAACAUUGAUUAUGAUAAAUUCAUUAAAGGAAUAAAAAAUAAAAAUAAUAAAAUUCAUAACAAACCUAUUAUUAUUACCAAUAUGAAUAACAAAGCUAGUUUAAUUUCACAAAAUUUUAUCAAUUCUCCUUUUACUCAUUCAGAUAUUGUUUUUACAUAUUUUAAUGAGAAUUUCAGAGCACAUAAUAGUUUUGUUAUUUUUUAUAAAAAAGGAUAUAAAUGUGUAAAUACAGAUGGUCAUAUAAUUGAAUAUGAUUAUGAGAAAAAAUUAAAACAUACCUUUGGUAAUGCAUAUUUAAAUAAUAUAUUUUUUUCCUUCUUUACUUCUUUUAAAUUAAUGAAAAAUGAAGAAUUCAAAGAAUAUGUAAAACAAACUAAAGAAAAUACAUACACAUUAUAUAAAUAUAUUAAUAGGAAAUAUUUCUAUUUACAAUAUUCUCAAAAUAAUAACUUUUUUAAUUUAAAUCCAUCAAAUUGUACUUUUAAUGUACAAGAAUUUUAUCUUUUAUGUAAUAAAUUAAAUAUAUACUUUGAUAUAUUAAAAGAUAAAUCGUCUAAUCAAAAAUCAUUCAAUAUUGGAUCUAAUUAUUUAACAACCUUGGGAUUAUUAACACAUGAUAUAAAAAACGUGGCAGAAUUUUUUAAUGAAUCUGUUGUUUUAUAUUUUUAUUUAAAAGAAAAAUCCAAAUUAUCAAAUAUGUCAUUUAUUCAAUAUAUUGAAAAUAAUUCUUCAGCAUCCGAUAUUUUUUCUCUUGCUGUUGAUAUAUCAUCUUUUAUAUCAUCAUAUCCAUCUCCAUACACAAAUGAAGCAAAAUAA